AAAAGAAGAAAAACUCUGCGGACUUGACCUUAGCAGCGGUCGGGUUGACAGCAGGAAGGUAGUAACGCCGCGUGGAGAAAAGGCCCGGAAGAAAAGAGGAGCAGAGAUGGGCCCGACCCAGCAAAGGCUCGAGCAGGAGAGAGAGUGUGUGUAGUCCUAGCUGGAUCGGAUCGGCUGCUGCUGCGGUUGCCGGCGGCGGCAUGAGGGUGGUGGUGACGGGCGCGACGGGGUACCUGGGCGGCCGCCUGUGCGCGGCGCUGGCCGACGCGGGGCACGCCGUGCGCGCGCUCGCCCGCCGCUCCAGCGACGUCUCCGGCCUGGCCCCCGGCGUUGAGCUCGCGUACGGUGACGUCACCGACGCGGACUCCCUCGCCGCCGCCUUCGACGGCUGCGACGCCGUGUUCCACGCCGCCGCGUCCGUUGAGCCGUGGCUCCCCGAUCCCUCCGUUUUCCUCAAAGUUAAUGUGAGAGGACUGGAGAAUGUGUUGAAGGCUGCCAAGAGAACACCAACUGUGAAGAAGAUAGUUUACACAUCGUCAUUCUUUGCAAUUGGCCCAACUGAUGGUUAUGUUGCAGAUGAAACACAGAUGCAUCCAGGGAAAGCCUUUUGCACUGAGUAUGAGAAAUCAAAGGUUCUUGCAGAUAGGAUCGCACUGCAGGCAGCAACAGAGGGGGUGCCGAUCACCAUUGUCUACCCAGGCGUCAUCUAUGGCCCUGGAAAACUUACAACUGGAAACCUUGUCUCCCGCAUUUUAAUCGAGAGGUUUAAUGGGCGUUUGCCUGGUUACAUAGGAGAUGGGUAUGAUAGAGAAUCAUUCUGCCAUGUUGAUGAUGUUGUUAGUGGGCAUAUAGCAGCUAUGGAGAAGGGCAGAGUGGGCGAACGAUAUCUCCUCACUGGAGAAAAUAUGUCAUUCAAGCAAAUUUUCAAUAUGGCUGCAAAUAUCACAAACACAAAGGCACCCCUAUUCCAUGUACCGCUCUGGUUGAUUGAAGUAUAUGGCUGGAUUUCAGUUUUUGUUUCUCGCAUCACCGGAAAGCUCCCACUUAUCAGUUACCCGACUGUGCAUGUUCUUAGACAUCAAUGGUCAUACUCAUGUGACAAAGCAAAGACAGAAUUGGGUUAUAGUCCAAGGAACUUAACUGAGGGUCUAUCGGAAGUGCUCCUGUGGCUCAAAGAUGAAAAACAGAUAAAAUUUUAAUGAUCCACCCUUUUUUCUACUUCUCACUUGUAACAUUUCACAUACACUGAGAUGCAUCUUUAGAUAUACUGCUUAUUUGCUGUGUAUAUACUUUGAUGUUGCAUUAUGGUGUAUUGUAUCAAUCAGAAGUAAUCAUGUAAUGCUGUAUCGUUCAAUAAAGGAAGAGGAAAUGCUAUUUUCAAA